CCUUCCUGGGAACUCGGCUGCUCUCUUCGGCCUGGGGAGGGGUCUCCAGCCCUGGCUGAGCUUUCUUGUCUCUUUCAGUGCCCCACCCCCCACCCCCCACUCAAAAAAAAUCCAAUUUCUGGAACAGAGUCAGACUUUCAAACUCUCUCCUCUCAGUUCCUGAGACUUUUUUAGGGGGAGGCAGAAAGAGCCCCUAGAAGUGGCAGUAUUAAGGCGGGGGGGGGGGCGGUAGAGUCCCCAUUAUAAAACACAUCCUCUCUAAAAACAAAAACAAAAACAAAAACAAAAACUGUGUUUGCUUUGCAAACGCAGUUUGGAGGCGAGCAGCGGCAGCCUGUCCGGCACAGGAAAUCGGCCCUCCCGGGGCUUUAGGGCGCCCCUACCCCUCCUCCUCCGCCCCGCCCUCCGCCCCCAACCAGGGGACUGUCUUUCUGCCUGGCGAAACCCCCUUUCCAGCAAAUGGAUUUGCCAACUGGGGGCUUAACUCCUCCCACACCCCGGUUUCUGGUCGCCCAGCUGACCCUGGGGAGCUCGCGGGCGGCCCCCACCCCCCCCUCCCUUGGGUGGGUGUGGCCAAUGGGUUGCUCUGGGCGCCUGGGAAGGCCUACCCAUAACCUGAGUCCUUGAGACCUAUGUCAGGAUUGAGUCCAAGGGCCGGGCCUGGGGCCUCGGUGUCUGGGAACUUUGGAAGUUGUAUCUUAGCAUGCCCUGGCGGCUGGACGUCUGCGCAACUGCAGCGUUUCAGCUAACUCUUGUUCUGGGGGCUGGAGCUGGCUGCAGACCAGUUGCAGACCCCAGGGACUUUGCGGGGGCGCUGACAUCUGCAAUGCGCCCCCCGCCCCUUGGUUAAACCCGCGCCAGGAGGGAUCGAUGGGCAAAGGGAAUGGGAGAAUGGGCGUCCAAGGUGCCCAGUGCCUGUUCCUGAGAAAUGUCUGGCAACGGGACAGAAGCCACCGUCAGCAGCAGCCCGGUGACAGCGGAAGAACCGGUACAGCAGCCGAGCGUGGUGGACCGCGUGGCCGGCAUGCCCCUCAUCAGCUCCACCUGCAACAUGGUGUCGGCGGCCUACGCCUCCACCAAGGAGAGCCACCCCCACGUCAAGACCGUCUGCGACGCGGCCGAGAAAGGCGUGAAGACCCUCACGGCGGCCGCCAUCAGCGGGGCCCAGCCCAUCCUCUCCAAGCUGGAGCCCCAGAUCACGUCAGCCAGUGAGUACGCCCACAGGGGGCUGGACAAGCUGGAGGAGAAUCUGCCCAUCCUGCAGCAGCAGACGGAGAAGGUUCUGGCAGACACCAAGGAGCUGGUCUCGUCCAAGGUCUCGGGGGCCCGAGAAGCCGUGUCCAACACCGUGUCCAGCGCCAAGGACACAGUGGCCACCCGCGUGACGGAGGCGGUCGAUGUGACCCGGGGCGCUGUGCGGACUGGUGUGGAUGCCACCAAGUCUGUGGUGGCCAGUGGCGUCCAGUCGGUCAUGGGCUCCCGGGUGGGCCAGGUGGUGCUGAGCGGGGUGGACACGAUGCUGGGCAAGUCCGAGGAAUGGAUGGACAACCACCUGCCCAUGACGGACGCUGAGCUGGCCCGCCUCGCCACGUCCCUGGAGGGCUUCGACAUCGCGUCGGUGCAGCAGCAGCGGCAGGAGCAGAGCUACUUCGUGCGUCUGGGCUCCCUCUCGGAGCGGCUGCGCCAGCGGGCCUACGCUCACUCUCUGGGCAAACUGCAGCUGACCCGGCAGCGGGCCCAGGAGGCCCUGCUACAGCUGGCACAGGCACUCAGCCUGAUGGAAACCGUCAAGCACGGAGUCGAUCAGAAGCUGGUGGACGGUCAGGAGAAACUGCACCAGAUGUGGCUCAGCUGGAACCAGAAGGAGCUCCGGGGCACCGAGGAGAACCCAGCCAAACCGGAGCAGGUGGAGUCCCAGACGCUUACCAUGUUCCGCGACAUUGCCCAGCAGCUGCAGAACACCUGUGCCUCGCUGGGGUCCAGCAUCCAGGGGCUGCCCUCCCACGUGAAGGACCAGGUUCAGCAGGCUCGCCACCAGGUGGAGGGCCUCCAGGCCACCUUUUCUGGCGUCCAUUCCUUCCAGGACCUGUCCAGCACUAUCCUGACGCAGAGCCGAGAGCAGGUGGCCAAGGCCCGAGAGGCCCUUGACCACAUGGUUGAGUACGUGGCCCAGAACACGCCCAUCAUGUGGCUGGUGGGACCCUUUGCCCCGGGAGUCGCUGAGAAGGCCCCAGAGGAGAAGAAAUAGGACAGUCAGAAGGGGGCUCGAGCGACCUAGUCUUUCCCUGAGGGGUCAGCAUGAGCGCUGGACCCUUCGCCCCCUCACCUCGCUUGGAACGUGUCUCUUGCCUUCCUCCCAGCCCAUCUCAGCUACCACGUCGGGGAGCGCCCUCUGCCGCCUCGGAGGAAGCACUGCCUGCCUUCAUCAGUCAUUAGGGGGAGGUUCCCAGAAACAGAUUUUUUCUAGAGGGCCCUCAGGCCCCCUCCAAAUUUUUUCUUCUUAGAAACAAAGGCUAGGUUUCUUACAUCCCACCUGUGCUACAUCAAGGCCCCUGGAUAUCCGCCUUUAGCUAACGGACUUGGACUUCUGGCUUGCGAAGUGGCCCUUCUGGGGUGUGGGGUGGAGGCAGAACCGCUGAGACCCGUUCCGGAGCAGACGGUGGGGGGCGGGGGGCCCUGGGGCCUGCCCGCCGCUCGCGGGUGCCUGGAGUGUCACCGUUGCCUUAAUAAAUCUCACCUGCAGCUGAGUACAGGCUGUGUGCGCA